UCCCUGAACCAAGGAGCAGUUUCUCCAGAGCCCAGUUGUGUGUCUAUGAAGAGUGACGCAUCCAUCAAACUACCACCUUUCCUCCGGGAUGGACCAGUGACCUCUGGCCUCAGGGAGAUGCAGAAGAACACUGCUUCUCCAGGGCCCAGUUGUGUGUCUAUGAAGAGUGACGCAUCCAUGGACCCACCACCUUUCCUCCGUGAUGGAGCCGUGACCUCUGGCCUCAGUGUGGAGAAGGAUGUUCUGGUCCAGCUUCAGUCCAAAUGUGGAGUUUGUGAGCAGGAUCUGAAGGAUCCAGUCUCUAUCAGCUGUGGGCACAGUUUUUGCAGAAACUGCAUCAACCGCCACUGGGAUUUGUUCAGUCCAUCAGAAUGCUUUGACUGUCCUCGAUGCAGAAAGAGAUCUAGAAAUCGUCCUUCUUUAAAAAAUGUCACAGAAGGAUCCACUUCUGCUUGUUCUUCUUAUUGUUACACAGAAGCAGCCCUGUUGGAGGAGACUAGGGACCUACAGCAGGAUUCUCAACCAAUUGAUGAGAAAAUGCAGAGAGUCAAAUCACAACACAAAACUAGAAUGAAAAACAAUUAUGUGAGGUUAUUUGAGGGAAUCAAACAACAAGGGAAUCAAACCCUCCUGAACAGGAUCUACACACAGCUCUACAUCCUAAAGGGAGAGAGUGAAGGGGUGAAUGAAGAACAUGAGGUUUUACAGAUGGAAAUAACCAGCACACAAGACACUCCAAUCAACUGCAAUGACAUCUUUAAAGCCUCACCUGAACCAGGAUAUGAGGAGAAAGACCAAAUUAAGACUGUUCUUACCAAAGGCAUUGCUGGAAUUGGAAAAACCGUCUCUGUGCAGAAGUUCAUUCUGGACUGGGCAGAGGGAAACGCCAAUCAGGAUGUAGAUUUCAUGUUUGUGUUUCCAUUUCGAGAGCUGAAUUUAAUUCAAGAUGAUCAGUACAGUCUUCACAAACUUCUGCUCGACUUUCAUCCUGAACUUCAAGAUCUGGACUCUAAGAUUAUUAAGGAGUGUAAAGUUGUGUUCAUCUUUGAUGGUCUGGAUGAAAGCAGAAUGACACUGACGUUUUCAGAGGCUCAGAAGGUUUCUGAUGUGACUGAGACUUCAUCAGUGUGUGUGUUAAUAUCAAACCUCAUUAAAGGAGAGCUGCUUCCCUCGGCUCUCAUCUGGAUCACCUCCAGACCAGCAGCAGCCAAUCAGAUCCCCUUCAAAUACAUCAACCGUGUGACAGACAUUCAAGGAUUCAAUGACCCACAGAAGGAGGAAUAUUUCAGGAAGAGAAUCAGUGAUGAGCAUCAAGCCAGCAAAAUCAUUUCACACAUCAGAAGUGCAAGAAGCCUCCACAUCAUGUGCCACAUACCCGUCUUCUGCUGGAUCUCCUCCACUGUGCUCCAGAAGCUCCUGGAAGAAGAUCUGAGUGCCGAAAUCCCUCAAACUCUGACUGAAAUGUACAUCCACUUCCUGCUGAUUCAGAUCAACAUGAGGAAUCAGAAGUAUGAAGAGAGAGAUCCAGAGAAACUCCUGCAGUCCAGCAGAGAAGGGAUUGUGAAACUUGCCGAACUGGCUUUCAAACAGCUGAUGAAGGGCAAUGUGAUGUUCUAUGAGGAGGACCUGAGAGAGAGCGGCAUAGACGUCACUGACGCCUCAGUGUAUUCUGGGAUUUGUACUGAGAUCUUUAAGGAGGAAUCUGUGAUUCAUCAGAGGAAAGUCUACAGCUUCUUGCAUUUGAGCUUUCAAGAGUUUUUGGCAGCAUUUUUCAUGUUUGUUUCUUAUUUACACAAUAAGAAUGAGGUUCUGAGUUUGUUUCUGAGAGGAAAGCCCAAAACUCAGCAUGAGAAUAUUCAUCUCGAUGUACUUCUGAAAGGAGUAAUAAAUAAAGCCCUCAACAGUAAAAAUGGAAACCUUGAUCUUUUUCUGCGGUUUCUGCUGGGAAUCUCUCUGGAGUCCAAUCAGAGACUCUUACAAGAUCUACUGACACAUAAAGAGAACAGUUCAGAAAGCAUUGAGAAAGUGAUCCAACACAUCAAGCGAGUUCAAAAAAAGAAAGUCAGUCCUGAACGAUGGAUGAAUCUCGCACACUGCUUGAUUGAAAUCAAGGACAAUUCUCUUUUUGAAGAAACGAAGACUUUUUUAAGCUCUGAAACAAGUAAAAAACUGUCUCUUGCACAAUGUUCAACUUUGGCAAAUAUGAUUUCGAUGUCAGCGGAGGUGCUGGAUGUGUUAGAUCUUGGAAAGUAUAACAUAAGAUCAAGAGAUGGUCAGCAGAGGCUGGUACCUGCUGUUAGGAAUUGCCGAAAAGCUCUAUUGGCAAGCUGUAACCUUACUGAUCAGUGUUGUGAAAUUGUGGCAUCAGCUCUACAAUCAUCAAACUCCUGUCUGAGAGAGCUUGACCUAAGUAACAAUGACCUAUGUGAUUCAGGAGUGAAGCUGCUCUCUGUUGGACUGAAAAGUCCAAACUGUAACCUGGAGAUACUGAGAUUGUCUGGCUGUAUGUUGACAGAGGAAAGCUGCUGUUAUCUGGCUUCAGCAUUGAGUUCAAACCCCUCACACUUGAGAGAGCUGGAUCUGAGCUACAAUCACCUUGGACAAUCAGGAGUAAAGAAGCUCUCUGAUACACUGAACAAUCCUAACUGCACAUUGGAGAUUCUUAAUAUAGAUCAUGGAGGAGAGAUCAGGAUUACAUCAGGACCAAAGAAAUAUGCCUGUGAUCUCACACUGGAUCCCAACACUGCACAGGCGUAUCUCGCUCUGUCUGAGCAGAACCGAAAGGUAACAUACAUGAGAGAGGAGCAGCCGUAUCCGGAUCACCCAGAGAGAUUUGAGGAGGUUCCUCAGGUUCUGUGUGGAGAGAGUCUGUCUGGACGCUGUUACUGGGAGGCUGAAUGGAGUGGAGAUGCUGAAAUAUCAGUGACAUAUAAAGGAAUCGGCAGGAAAGGAGGAAGUGAUGACUGUGAGUUUGGAUCCAGUGACAUCUCCUGGAGUCUGUUCUGCUCUGAUAACAAGUUUACUGUCCGUCACAAUAAGAAGAGCACUGAAAAGCGUGUCCCUUCAGGCUCCUCAAAGAGAGUGGGAGUGUAUGUAGACAUGCCGGCCGGCACUCUGUCCUUCUACAGCGUCUCUGACACACACACACUCACACACUUACACACGUUCAACACCACAUUCACUGAACAUCUCUAUGCUGGAUUUGGGCUUUAUUUCCUCACCUCAGUGUCUCUGUGUCAGGUUUCCCACACCUGACUGGAAUAAUCCCCAGUGGUUAGUGCAUAUAGUCCUG